GUCCAUGUCAAUAAUGUCUAAAGAUGAAGAGGGAGGUUGUAAGCUUAGCUCUGCCUGUAAACAUAAAGAACGGAAGCCUAAGAAGCCUCAUUAUAUACCUCGGCCAUGGGGGAAGCCUUAUAACUACAAGUGUUUCCAGUGUCCAUUUACUUGCAUGGAGAAGUCCCAUCUCUACAACCACAUGAAGUACAGCCUAUGCAAAAACUCGCUUUCCCUCUUAAUAGAGUCGGACUGGCCUUACAAGAAAAACAAUUUCCUCAUCCCCGAAACCCACCUCCUACAGGAACCACAACCAGAGAGCAGUCUUGGACGGCAAGACGUUUGCGAUUCCACUGGGUCAAACACCACCAAGGCUAGGCAAGCUGGAGAAAAGGACCCUGCUGAGGUGCAGAGUUUUUUGGAUGAAGAGGAUGAGAAAGAGGAAGAAGAGGAGGAAGAAACAGGAGAAGUCCUAAAGGACAAAGGAAAAGGAUUAACAUCUCUGCAGGCCAGCCCAAGCAAAAGCGAAGCCAACAUUUCCAUGGCGGGCAUGAAGGGCAAGAAAGAAAGGUCAAGUAAAGAAGGGGAGCCUGACUUCAUUAUAACAGAUGUUUUCUCCUUGGAAGGGCAGUUUGAGAAGGAGAGAGAGGAGCCAAAAUUUACCAAGGUUUCCAGAAAAACUGCGAGCAACGUUGGAGGGACUCGUGCUGAGCAAUGGAAACUGCUGACCGGCACGCUAAAGAAAGGGACAACAGAGGUACCACCAGGAACUAAUACAAUCCCAUGUUACCCACCACCAACAUACACCGAUUACCAAGAACAACAGGGCCUCUCACUAUUGGGGAUCAACUACCCACUAAAUACCAACCUCUUCUCUUACUUGAACCCCGCUAUGACUGGUGGAACAGCACAGUUCCCAUUCUUGGCCUCCACAGCCCAGCUCAUGCACCCUACCCAUUCCACCCAUUUCCAAUCACUACAGAACACAGAGAGGCCGUCGUUCAUCCCCAGAUUCUACUAUCCUUUGCUCUUUGAACAUGCAUUUAAUAGUGCCGAGAGUAAGGUGAUUUCAGGAAAGCCAGUGAGCCAAGCCCAGCCGGGGCCAACGUCUUACGUUUCAGUUCCAAGGACCAAAAUGCCUAUGGAACCAACGAAAGCCUGUCUUCACAAGGCUCCAGAAGACAAAAAUACUGUGUCCUGGGUUUCUAGUGAUAAAUUAUCCAAGCAAACCUCGUCUCAUAACAAGUUAAUCCAGGAUAAUGAUGGGAAAUGGCCUUCUCAGGCAGCGAGAGAUGCAAUUCAACAACAGAAGCAAAUACUUGGUGUCUACGGGGCUCCAACUCUUAACAUGAAUGAAGGCUUGAUUCCACAGAAGGGAACAACUGACGAAGCCGUCUGGACAAACACCAGCCCCGUGAGGUGCAUGAAGAGGAAGCCCUGGCUGGAGAAAGAUGUACCAAAUGUUGCCACAGAUAAAACGCCACUAAUAGUGGGAGGAGAGCGACCCACCCCAAACCGCUCGUGUUCCCCUUCCAUACCUUCUCCUGAUCCCUGGCACGAUAAGAAGCCUAAUCUGGAAAGGUCAACUCAGAAGAGGAAGCGAGAGUCCGAGGCUACUAAUAACGUAGAUCCCAUGAGUGAAAACACCUCUGCGCUCAUCGGAGACCUUUCCAGGACCUUAGAAGAGUAUGGGAAGGUGGAGAGAAGGCUGGCAAACUUAGCAUCGGAGGACAACAGCCGCCAGAAAGCCCUCAGUGAACAACUUGGGAAAAUCCGAUUGGAGCUUCUGAAUAUUCACCGUGCUCUAGAAAAGGUCUCAUGUUCACACGAAGGACCACUAGAUCUAUCGAUUAAAAGGUCCGAGGACACUGGAAAGGAAGAAGUAGACAAGAGCCCACCAGAAGAUGACCUAGCAACACAUCCACCAUCUGACUGCCCACCCAGGCAGCUGGUGAAGGUGGAACUGUUGCCCCCAGACCUGGCCACCUGUUACGCACGUCCUACAAAGUGUGAGGCAGACUCUAGUGUCCUUCUGUGUCCUGAUGGUAGAAUCGGGGGUGCAGGAGUGGUGCAGCCGCAGGUUUCCAUCUUGGAAGAAGGGGGCGGAAGUCGCCUUGGUUUUGGAAGAGGGCAACAACAGUUAGAAGGUGUGUGA